AUGACUAUUGGCAAGCGCUCUGACGACGCACCAUUCCCCUCGUCGUCACCCCAAUCAAUUACUGCAGACAUGUCUGGCUCCAACGCUUGGACCUUCGACGUGUCCACGCGCAACAGGCUCUUGAAGAAAUACAAGACUCAAGUGUCUUCGGCGGCCUCGACCAUCUGCGCUACCAUCUCACUGGUGAGUCUUUUCUCGAGGGACUUUGCGCCUGCGAAGCACAGCUUGGUAUUCGUCGGGCCCGAUGCUAAUUUCGUCUCAACUCGUGGACAGAUUCCUCUUGAGAAUAUCAAGACCCGAAUGCAAACCCAUGACUUUAAGAACGUUUGGCAAUGUGCUCGCUACCUUUGGCGUAAUGAGGGAUAUCGUGGCUAUGUCGCUGGCGCCCUUCCUCCGCUGGCAAGUGUCACAGCAGUGCGCGUCGUCAAUUUCACUGUGUACCAUUCAUUCACUGGCAUCAUAUCUGAUGCCGUUGAGAACAUGACUGGCUUCAACCCUGUGGCUGACUAUAAGCGACCUGGAAGCACCCCGACCAUGCUUGGAGUGAUGACUUUUACCACUGCGGGCAUGGUCUCGGGUUUGUUUGCUUCUCCUCUUGCUUGCCCCUUUGAACUGGCGAAGAAUGUCGUUCAAACCUCCGUUUUGGUCUCCAACCGCGCAAUGGCAGCUCCGGAUGCCGCUCGGGACCAUUCGCUGCGUUACAAGCCUCGCCUUGGUACCAUCGCGGCAAUCCAACAGAUCGUCAAGCGCCAUGGAGUCCGAGGGCUGUACACCGGCUUCCGCCUGCAUGCGAUGCGUGACACCAUUGGCACCGGCAUGUACUUCGCCAUCUAUGACACCGUGAAGCAGACCGCAGAAAGACAACUGGGUUGGCACAAGAAUGAUCUCGGGUCAACCAUGCUCGCCGGGGUGAUUUGCAGCACUGUCCCCUGGGUCUGUACAUAUCCUUUAGACACGCGCAAGACCCGCGCUCAGAGUGUCCUCCUCGGCAAGAGCCAGGAGAUCGGCGAGGCCUCAAAGGCCAUUGCCAAAUCGAGUACUUACAAGGGCAUCUCGAUCAUCAUGCUCCGGACGGGGCUAAACAACAUGAUACUGCUCAGUCUCAUGGAGUACUUUAAACGGCUCAUCAACGAGUUGCCAGACUGA